AUGGAAUCCGUGCUGAGCAUGCUGUCCCCGUUCGCGCAAGGCACAACUGCAGACACCAAGACCACCGACACCAAGACCACCGACACCAAAACUGUCGAUGCCACGACUACUGAAGCUACAAGUACUGCCGACAGUGUUUCCACUACCGGCUCUCCCCGUCCCGGCAGUAUCUUGAUACACGCCAACGCCGACAGGCCCAUCCCGUACAACUCCAGUGGUCAAUGCAUGGACACCGCCAAAAUUCCUGAUGGCACGGCACGUCUCGUGACCAACGUGACCAUCUCACCUGGUCUCUCUUGUGAGUUCUUCUAG